AUAUAUACACACACACACACAUAUAUAUAUACACACACACACGCUGUACUAUUACAACCAGUUUCGAGGGAGGUGGAAAAAACAAACAAAAGUGUUUCGAGGAAGGAGGGAGUAUGCUGGUGAAGGAGUACAGGAUUUCCAUGCCGCUGACGGUGGAGGAGUACAGAAUUGGACAGCUGUACAUGAUCAGCAAGCACAGCCAUGAGCAGAGUGACAGAGGAGAAGGUGUGGAGGUGGUACAGAAUGAACCUUAUGAAGAUCCCAUUCACGGCAAAGGCCAGUACACAGAGAAGAGGGUUUACCUGAACAGCAAGCUUCCGAGUUGGGCUAGAGCAGUGGUUCCAAGGAUCUUUUAUGUCACAGAAAAGGCGUGGAAUUAUUAUCCGUACACAAUCACAGAAUAUACAUGCUCUUUUUUGCCCAAGUUCUCCAUUCAUAUAGAAACCAAAUAUGAAGAUAACAAUGGAUCGAAUGAUAAUAUCUUCAACUCUGAGGCAAAAGAUCUUGAAAGAGAGGUGUGCUUUGUCGAUAUUGCAUAUGAUGAAAUUCCUGAACGCUACUACAAAGACUCUGAAGACCUCAGGUACUUCAAGUCAGAGAAGACACAGAGAGGCAUGCUGACAGAAGGCUGGAGAGACACUCAGAAGCCAAUCAUGUGCUCCUACAAACUGGUGACUGUCAAAUUUGAAGUCUGGGGACUUCAGACAAGAGUAGAACAAUUUGUACAUAAGGUUGUCCGGGAUAUUCUGCUAAUUGGCCACCGACAAGCCUUUGCCUGGGUGGACGAAUGGUACGACAUGACAAUGGAUGAGGUUCGAGAAUUUGAACGAGCAACUCAGGAAGCUACCAACAAAAAAAUCGGAAUUAUUCCUCCCGCUAUCACCAUCAGCAACGUGGUCCUGCCUUCGCUAACCCGCAGCGCGCCCUCCAGCGCCCCGUCCACGCCACUCUCCUCCGACGCCCCGGAAUUCCUGUCUAUACCCAAGGAUCGUCCGAGGAAAAAGUCUGCUCCAGAAACUCUUACCCUGCCGGAUCCUCAGGAGAGACGUGCAGCCACUAAGAUAUCUGAAGGUGCAGCCUCUGGUGACCCAUUUGAGCCAAAGCAUGACUAGCUGCCUCUUUCAACCAGUGGUUUGAUUUCCAGAUCUCAGUGUUGUUCCAUCGUUCUCUGCUUUAAUUCUUCACCUUUUCAGCUUGACAAACUAGACCUUGGCCAUCCAUUUGCUCCACCCCUGAGUUCGUAAUCUCCACAGAUAACGUUGUGUCACCAGCUUACAGCAUCUGCCCAUUAUGCAGAUGGAUUGUCCCGGCUGUGGGGGGCUGUGGGGGUGGGGGGGGUUUCAAACACCACUGUGGUCUGCUUCUUCGAUGCUGGAUGUUAUUUGUGCUGUUGUACCGGGUCACAGAGCCGUGACAUUCUCUUGUGAGUUUGAGCCUAUUUUGGGUGUUAUUCCCCCCCACCCUGUGGAGCUCAAUGUUGAUUAAGAGAUCUCCCGUCUCGCUUAGAACUGGCUCCCCUUGGGGUUUAAUGUAGAAGUAGCAAUCUUUUUGUUUUGUCUUUACAAUGGGAUUUCAGCGUCUGAUAGAUAGAUCCUUUUCCUUUCCAAAUUAAAAAAAUGGUCAAUCACUCCAUAGCUGUUUGUGGGACAUUGCUGUGUGCAAAUCGGCUGCUGCGUUUACCUACAAAAAUACAGUCACUAUACUUUACAGUGAAACCUAUGAAGCGCUUUCAGACAACCUCCCGAUGUGAAAAAUGCUAUCAUCAAAAGCAAGGAUUAUUAUUAUUGUACGAUAACAGCUCUAACCAUUUCACAUAAAUCUGAUGAUUUGAAGUUGUCUGAUAGGAUGGUCCUCCUAAUUCCCAGUGACUGCCUGUAAUGUGUAUUUAAGAAUUCGGGGAAUAUCGAGUUAGGAAGAACAUUAAAGAAAUGUUUUCAGAAUGUUUUCACCUCCACAGGUUGUCUGAAUUUCCCAAACUCUGUGCAUUUGCAUUCUUCAAUGGUUGUGUUUCUGCAAAACUGGUUUCCCUGUGUAUAAAUGGCCAAAAUUACAAUGGUUGCAUUAUUACCAUUAACACAUUCUUUGAAUGCUGCUGGAAUGAAAAAUGCUUUGUAGAAUUGUCCAAUUGUGUAUAAUCUAUUUUAGUGCAGCUGAUUAUUCUUUCCCCCGUCAGAACCGAUCAAUUUGGAGGAAAAUGUAUCAUUUUGGAAAUAUUUUCAUCUCCUUAAACAUAGAAAAGAACUUGCAUUUUAAUAGCAUCUUUAAUGUUGAAAUAUCUCAAAGCGCUUUGCAGCAAUUACUGCUAAGUGUAGCAGCUAUUUUUGCAGCCAAGCAUGACAGCCAUUUUGCCCAAUAAUAAUUACAUAUUCAGAUAAUAAUAUAAAAUUGCCACACAAAGGAAGCUGUUGGACCUCUGUGCCUGUGUUGUGCUAGCUCCGUACUGGAACUAUCUACACAAACACCAUUUUGCUCAUUUGUUCUCAAAAUGUAUUAUAUUAACCAGAAUGAAAGCCAUUUGAUCCGUUUCACUUUCCAAUAUACUUCGUAAGAACAAAAUGACUCUUUUCUACGAAGGGAGUACAGAGCUGAGGCCUAUCUCGACCCCACGGGGAGGAAAGGUGAAGAAGUGAUAUCCACCCUCCCCCACCUGAACUCCCCCCCCCUCUUGGCAGGUGGCUAAAUACAGUAAUCUCAAUCGUGGGUCACCCAGCUGUUCCCUCAGAGAUACCUGGUGCAGAUAAAAUUCUAUUAACCAUAUUUUAAAAAAUACCAGAUACUCACUGAAGCGGAAUCAACUGCACUUAAAUAGGACCCACAGAAUGGGAAAUCUUUCUUGUGUCAGAGUUAGAAAGUUUUACAUAGAUCAGAACUGUACAUAGAAAGUGUGAUGUAAAUAUUGUGUCAACUUGUCGUGAACGUAAGGACAAGGUUUUCCUACGUGACUGGUUUAUUUUAUUUGUUGCGAUGAAGAAUCUGCUGCAAUAGUUUGUUACGAUAGCAUGGGUAAUAACAUACCUGAGUGUAGAAAUAAGAUCUUCAUUGCUGAGAACAAAGCAGGUUUAUCAUUUUUGAAAUUAAACUUCAAAGAAAUAAAAGAUGUUUUUCUCUGAAA